AUGGUGGCAGAGAAAAGCUGGAUGACACCAGCCAAUAGUUGCUGCGAACCAGAUGUCACGAAGUGCAACCGUAGCUAUUGCUUCUUUGCAGAAGUACGAGGUCCAUCUCCUUUCUGGAUUUCCGGAUGCACUGAUGAUGAGUUCAAUGGUUGUGAUCGGCAUGAAAUACCGUACAAUUCGAUCCUCUUGCGAUGCCAAUGUCAAACUGACUUUUGCAAUCCAAUCGACAGGAUACCGCGUUGUUCUAAGAAGUCAUUCAACAACACCGCAACAAAAUUUUUUGGAAAAAUACAUGACAUAAAGAGUGUUGCAUGGGCUAAAUGGGCUAAUCAAAUGAAGUCAUUUAGUCCAACGAUGCUCAUCUUAGUCUCAGUCUUGGCUAUCGCGUAUGCAUUUCGUACCUUAAAUACGGAUCGCAAGCCAUCAUGUUUAGCAAAUAAAACGAACCUAUUUUAUGAGUAG